CGCAUAUACAGGAAAUAUCGCCUUGCGUAGCAAGUAGGAAGGCCGGUCCCCGUCUCUGCUCCUUGCCCGGCCACUCCAUUAUCAUCAUCAUCAUCAGGCAUUCUGCUCACACGAACCCUAAUUAAUCUCAUUUCUUUUUCUGUAAUUGUGUCAUUCACAUUGCUUGGCUACAACAUGCAGAAAAUAUAAUGCUUUUGUCGAUACGUUUGGGAAAGAAUCUUGCGUCCUUUUCUUUUGGUUACCACAAACGUACACGCUGAUAGAGUGGAAGGUUGAUUGACAAACUGCGCCGUCAUUGUGUCUGGCGAAAAGGAGCACCAAGGUUCAAGUUUUUCUUGGUUCCCUUGAUAAUAUAGCAAAAGAUAUUAGGUUACAAGUAACAUUUGGAGGGAAACAUGGCUAGCAGUGAAGAUAUUCUUCUGUCAGCUGUGCUCAAUCUUUUAUCUGCAUUUGCAUUUCUUGUGGCCUUUGCUAUUCUACGACUCCAGCCAAUCAACGACAGAGUGUACUUCUCAAAAUGGUAUCUGAAGGGCAUACGAGCAAGCCCGAGAAGUUCUGGAGCAUUUAUGAAAAAAUUUGUCAACUUGGACUGCAGAACAUACAUAAGGUUCUUGAAUUGGAUGCCUGCAGCUCUAAGAAUGCCGGAACCAGAGCUUAUCGAUCAUGCUGGUCUCGAUUCUGCCGUAUAUAUACGGAUAUACCUUCUUGGCUUGAAAAUCUUCGUUCCUAUCACACUACUUUCUUUUGGGGUUUUAGUACCUGUCAAUUGGACUGGGAAAUCAUUAGAGCACAUUGAGGAUCUAACAUUCAGCACUAUCGAUAAACUUUCGAUUUCCAAUGUUCCUUCUGGAUCACCGAGGUUUUGGGCGCAUCUGGUAAUGGCUUACGUGGUCACAUUUUGGACUUGCUAUAUACUGUACAAAGAAUAUCAUAUAAUAACAACCAUGAGGCUGCAGUUUCUGGCCUCUGAAAAUCGUCGUCCUGAUCAGUUUACUGUCCUUGUGAGGAAUGUCCCUCCAGAUCCAGAUGAAUCAGUGAGCGAGCAUGUCGAACAUUUCUUUUGUGUGAAUCAUCCAGAUCAUUAUCUAACACAGCAGGUUGUUUACAAUGCAAACAAUUUAGCUAAACUGGUGGAAAAGAAGAAGAGCUAUCGAAAUUGGCUUACAUACUACCAAACUAAGUAUGAGAGAAACCCUAAGAUUAAGCCAAAAACGAAGACAGGAUUUUGGGGUCUUUGGGGAAAAACUGUUGAUGCCAUCGAGUAUUAUACCGAAGAAAUUGAGAAGUUGAAUAAAGAUGAAGCUAUAGAAAGAGAAAAGGUAAUGAGUGAUCCCAAGGCAAUUGUUCCUGCAGCAUUCGUUUCUUUCAAAUCUCGUUGGGGAGCAGCUGUCUGUGCUCAAACACAACAAUCAAGUAACCCGACCAUUUGGUUGACACAAUGGGCUCCCGAACCACGUGACGUCUAUUGGGAUAAUCUAUCAAUACCAUUUGUUGAACUCAAUGUCCGCAAACUGCUAAUGGCUGUUGCUUUCUUCUUUCUUACAUUCUUUUUUAUGAUCCCUAUUGCAUUCGUUCAGUCUUUGGCAAGCAUUGAUGGUAUAGAGAAUAAACUUCCCGUGUUGAGGCCAUUGAUACAAAUUGAAGUUGUCAAAUCCUUUAUCCAAGGUGUUCUUCCUGGGAUUAUACUGAAGAUUUUUCUGGCUCUUCUUCCUAUGCUUCUAAUGGCCAUGUCCAAAAUAGAAGGUUAUACAUCACUUUCAUCUUUGGACAGAAGAUCAGCAACUAAAUAUCAUAUUUUUAUCCUUGUCAAUGUGUUCUUGGGAAGUAUCAUCACUGGAGCAGCAUUUGAGCAACUUCAGAGAUUCAUGGAAAAGCCUCCUUCAGAAAUUCCAAAAACGGUCGGUGUUGCUAUUCCAUUGAAGGCUACUUUCUUCAUUACCUACAUAAUGGUUGAUGGUUGGGCUGGAAUUGCUGCAGAGAUUCUUAGAUUGGUUCCUUUUGUUAUAUUUCAUCUUAAGAAUACUUUUCUGGUAAAGACAGAUCAGGAUAGACAGCAGGCGACAGAUCCCGGUUCAUUAAACUUCUCAGUAUCAGAGCCUCGCAUACAACUGUACUUCCUGCUAGGUCUUGUGUACUCAAUGGUCACACCUAUACUCCUACCUUUCAUCAUUGUCUUCUUCGCAUUUGCUUAUAUGGUUUUUCGCCAUCAGAUCAUUAAUGUGUACAAUCAGAAAUAUGAGAGCGGCGCUUCAUUUUGGCCAGAUGUCCAUCGUCGUAUACUUGUAGGUUUGGUGAUAUCCCAGCUCCUAUUGCUGGGUCUGUUGAGCAACAAAAAUGUUGCCAGAUCAACACCUGUACUGAUUGCACUUCCAAUUCUGACAAUCUGGUUCCAUAUAUUUUGCAAGGGCCGAUAUGAGUCAGCAUUUAUGAAAUUCCCGUUGCAGGAUGCAAUGGUGAAGGAUACACUAGAACGGGCGACAGAACCAACGCUUAAUUUAAAAGCAUAUCUGAAGGAUGCUUAUGUACACCCAGUUUUUAAAGGUGUGGAGUUAGACAGGCCGACAGCAAUUGACGAUGAGGAGAAUAAUCCACUUGUUGCUACCAAGAGAUCGCGUAGGAGUAGUAAGCCUCAUUCUGAAGAGGGCGCUGAGACACGGGCUGUAGAGUUAGUUGUCACCCGAAGCAGAUAGAAACAACUUCAGGAAGCGGUUGUAGUUUGUGUUGGGAUUUCUGCAGUAGAACAUAACACAAUCAGAAUGUACUGAAUGCUGAACUCAAACGCGCAGAGACGAUGAUGAUAUUUCAGGCUCCUGUAAAUGCUCACUAUAGGAGAAAGAAUUUUUUUAACUUGUUCACAGUAUCUGAUGUUUGUGCAGAAUCAAAGGCUAAAAGAAAGUGUUCAACCAAA